CCAGUCCUCCUCCGGGGCGCGGGGAGGCUGCCGGCUCUGCCUCCGGACCCGUCGCUUCCUCGGUUCGGGAGGGCGAGUGGGUUCCGUUAGUCUCCGGGAAUGGCGGCGGGUUGGACUGGGCCCCAGAAAAGCACUUGCACAUUCGCCGAUCUGCUCGUGUGCCCGUGGUCCUCACGCCUCAAACACGUGAACACAUCCGCGUGCGCUGCGCCGUGCUCCGGCUGGGGCGGUGAAGGCGGACCACCUCUUUCCCUGAGCCCAGCACACACCACGAAGCCAACCCUCACUGUUGUAGGCCUUGGGGAUACAGCAGUGGUCGAACAUGAAUCCUUGCAGUCCUGGAACUUCUAGUGGAGUAGUAGUACACACUCUUCCUGCAUACCUCCUCCAGAGAUUCCCUGGGCCUUUGCCUAUGAAGGAAAUUGCUGGGCUGAAAGGAAUUGCUUCACAUGGCUGCUGAAGGAGUGACCAUUACGGUUCGCAUCAUUCGUUCAUUUGAGCACCGCAAUUUCAAAUUUUUGGUGUAUCAUGGAAUCGAUUUAGAACAAACUGUAAAGGAAUUUAUAGUAUUUCUAAAGCAAGAUAUUCCUUUGAGGACCAACCUGCCACCACCAUUCAGAAAUUACAAAUAUGAUAAACUAAAGAUUAUGCAUCAAGCACAUAAAUCAAAGACAAAUGAGCUGGUGCUGAAUUUGGAGGAUGAUGACCAACUUCUGCUCAGAGAAGGCAGUACUCUGAGAGAGGCAGGCAUCGCCAAUGAAACUGAAAUUGCAUUCUUCUGUGAAGAAGAUUAUAGGAAGUACAAAGUUAAUCCCAUCUUAUCCUGGUGAAAGGUGUCUCUGGGGCUUCCUUUUGCAUACCUAUGCUAAGCUCUUUAUACCUGAAUUGACAAAUAAAUCUGAACACAUUAA